AAAAAAAAAAUUGUCAGAGCAUCGUCCAAUAAUUCCAAAAGGCUUAGAAUUAGAGCAUUUUCAUUACUAGUGUGUGCCUCUACCCCUACAAUGAAGGGUUAAGGCUUUGAUUUUUCUCUCCCAUCCAUUCCGAGCCGCGCAAAAUCAAUUCCAAUACUUCAGUUAGGGUUAGGGUUUAACGAUUUCAGAGACAUGUAUGCUGAUCGUGUGGAGGCUGCAGGGAAGAGGUCGGUGAAGGAGCGUCUUAAUGGUAAUUCUACCGAAGAUUUUACUCGCCGGUGGCAAAUUACUGGAAAAAGGCAGAGGGAAGAUGAUAAGUGGGAACAUGAUCUCUAUGAGGAGGAUGAACCACGCUCUUCAAAUCGCAAAGUCAGUAGUCAAGAUCUUCGACUGAAGCUUCAAAAGAAGACUCUUCCACAAUCAUCACAAAUUGGAAAGGGGUCAGGCAUGCGGGAUUUACGUGAAAAGCUAUCUGGGACUAUGAAUUCACAACCAGUGAAUGCUGAUCCACCUAGAAGGAAACUGGAGGCUGCUAAACUAGCUAGGAGAAGUGUUGCAGUUGAAGCUUCCGAGCCAGAGAUUAAAAAGGUUGCUAGGGUGGCUCCUAGAAAAAUGUCUCAGCAAAAGGCAUAUACUUCAAUAGAAGGUUUUCUGCAAUCAAUAGGCCUUGAAAAAUAUCUCAUUACUUUUCAAGCUGAGGAAGUUGAUAUGACAGCUCUAGUUCACAUGAAUGAUGAGGAUCUCAAGGCUAUAGGAAUACCAAUGGGCCCAAGAAAGAAGAUAAUUUUGGCAUUGGAAUCUAGGGGCUGAUAUUGGGAAGGGAAGUGCAUACUUGCAUGUAUUAUGGUUUGACAGUCCAGUUAGCAGGGCUGUGUUGUGGUUGAUAUAUGCCUGGAUGUAACAUUUUUCCCUGUUGGUUUUUCUCUUUGGUUCAUUGCUGAAAGUGGCCUAACUGGCUCAUUAUAGAUAUGAAACCUUUGAAUUUUUAACUUGCGCCAACCAUAGGUUCUUCUUCUUUGUCUCUAUUUUUUUUAUUAGUAGUAGGAACUUUUUAGAUCAAUGAAAUUCUAUGUUCUAUUUGCUA